AGUUGUCGUUCGUAAUCCGCGCGGAAGGGACGCAGUAGUGACCAUUAAGAUUAUAUAAAAAAAAUUAAAAAAAUAUUUUGUGACUAAAAACAUUAUCGACUCUUGUGUGUACAGUUUUGGACUUUUCAAAUACGUUUACCACGAACAUAUAUAUUUUACGAGAUGGCAGUCUUAGCGGCUCCGGAUCAUACAGAAGUGAAGCAAGGAGGCGAUAUUACAUACUUGGACAUGGUGGAUGAGAGGAAAUCACUUGGAGAAUCUCAGAUACAAAAACUCUUUGCUGGUUCUACUGUAUUUUUGACGGGUGGCACCGGUUUCCUUGGCAAGCUGUUGGUUGAGAAACUAUUAAGAUCAUGCCCGGGUAUAAAGAAACUUUACUUGCUGGCCAGGCCAAAGAAAAACAAGGAUAUCACAAAACGGCUGCAAGAACAAUUUGACGAUGUUUUAUAUGACAGGUUAAGGAAGGAGUGUCCAAAUUUUAUCCAAAAAAUCAGCAUUAUAGAAGGAGAUGUUAGCCAACUGAACCUUGGCAUCAGCCACGAAGACAGAGUGAAAUUAUUAAAAGAGGUUGAAUUCAUUUUCCAUGGUGCAGCAACAGUACGCUUCGAUGAGGCUCUCAAGACUGCAGUAGAAAUUAAUGUCAGAGGCACCAGAGAGAUUUUGGCUUUGGCACGUGGUUGCCCGAAACUGAAAGCCAUGGUUCAUAUUUCUACGGCAUACAGCAAUUGUCCAUUAAGAGAAAUAGAUGAAAAAUUCUAUGAAAGUCCAUUAAAUGGAGAAAAACUGAUUGACCUGGUUGAGAAUCUGGAUGAGAAAAUUAUUAAUAACAUUACACCUGGUUUACUUGGGGAUUUCCCGAACACAUAUGCAUACACAAAGUCAGCUGCAGAAGAUAUCGUGCAGCAUUAUUCCACAGGAUUACCAGUAGCUCUGUUUAGGCCUUCUAUAGUUAUUGGUACAUCCAAAGAGCCUGUAGCAGGGUGGAUCGACAACGUAUAUGGACCUACGGGGGUGGUUGUUGGAGCAGCGGUGGGUCUUCUCCAUGCGCUAAACUGCAACCCCUUAGCAAUUGCUGAUUUAGUUCCGGGAGACAUGGUAGUAAAUGCAUGUAUAGCUACCGCUUGGCGAACGGCACGAGACUACCCUGGGAACCAUGAAGAUGCACCGCCAGUAGACCAGCCACCACCCAUUUAUAACUUUGUGUCCUCGGAACAACAGCCCUUGACUUGGAGAAAUUUCAUGAAAUACAACGAAAUAUACGGACUUCAUGUUCCAACCACACAAGCCGUAUGGUGUUACAUAUUAUAUCUUACCCCAUCAAAGUUUUUGUACAACUUCAUCUGUUUCUUUCUUCAUUGGAUACCUGCCUAUAUUAUUGAUGCAAUUGCAGUGUUGAUUGGAAGGAAGCCAGUGUUAAGAAAAGCCUACAAGAAAAUUGAAAAAUUUUCGUCAGUUAUCGGAUACUUUGCGCUGCGAGAUUGGAAAUUCCACAAUAGGAACGUUCAAUUAUUACUCAAAGAAUUAUGUUUAGCUGACAAAUAUCUAUUCGAUUUCGAUAUCGCACAACUGGACUGGAAAGAAUACUUUUCAAGUUAUGUAAGAGGCGUCAGAGUAUACUUAUUGAAGGACCCAAUUGAUACGAUUCCACAAGGCAUACGAAAAUAUUACAAACUUAAAUUUUUACACUAUCUUAGCUCUACUAUAAUAUUUUUGGUGACUUUAAGGCUAUUGUGGUUUGUAUUAAAGUACAGUGUAGGUAUUUUAUUGUGAGUAAAGGUAUAAUAUAAAUAAAUUAUGAAAUAUAAACGUUUGUGAAUUACAUAAUUCAAUGGUAAACAGAUCUUUUAAGUUUUGUAUUAUACACAUUUAGUAGUUAAAGGUCCUAGUGACACCAAAACAAUUUGUGAUGUAAAUAAAACUUAAAGAGAAAUAUUAUAAAUAAUGAAAAAUUCAUAAACAAGUAUAUUAUAGAGUACUUAAUGACGCUUAUACAGGAUCUUUUUUCACAGAGUACUCCAAUUUUAAACUUAAGUUCAAAUAUAGAAAUAAUAAUAUAGCGUUGCAGUUUUUGAAAAUACGUGUAAAUAAGGCUUCUACAUUUAUUUGAAAUCAUCCCAAAUUUAAUGUCAUUUAUUUAGAGUUAUUGCAAAAUAACCCUGUAUAUCCCUUUUUGAGUGUUCAAUGGGAGUAUGGUAGGUGUUUAAAGGGAGUAUGGUAGUAUGGUAGAUAUUAUCUACUUUUGGUAUGUAACUUAGUUUAGAACUAAUUAUUAUCAUAUAUGAAACUUCUAAGAACGCGGAACACAUGUUGUCACUUUUAUAUUAUUUUUGUCUUAGAGUAAUUAAAUACAUUGAUUACUCUGAGAUUUUAGUACCUUACUCUAGGGUAUUUAAUUAAAAUUGACAAAAAAGAUUGAUGUGGCCCUUAGAUAAAUCAUCAUACGCAUGAUACUUUAUCCAAGGUGUAAGCAAUAUUUUCGAAAGUUAUGAUGAGAGAAAAGUACCCAAACUGCCCUGAUUCUGUAAAAUAUAAAAUAAAACAAUUUAAGUUUAAAUUAAACAAUAGCUCAUUAUGAAAAAGUAUAUGGUCAUAAUCUGUGUUAUGAAUAAUAUUUUAUGUAGAUAGAAAAUAAAUUAAAAUAUAAUUAAAACGUUGAAAUUUCGUGUCCUAUCUUAAUAUGCGUGUUUUCUAAUUACAUGUUUUAUUAUUAUUAUUAAUAAAGGUCCUAUAGAAAAUAGUGUAACACUUAUCAAAAUGUAAAGCUAAUCACUUUUUUAAUUCUUAUGUCUUUUUAAAUAAGAAAUGUCACGAAUAGUGAUUUUGCCGAAUGCCGAUAACGAAUAUCUGGCCACACUCUUGGCCAAAGCGUCGAAUAUUCGGCCUCCGAAUUCUCACUUCAGCGGGCAACAGCUUCUGGAAUUGUUUUGAGGAAUUCGUUACAGUAAAUAUGAAGAAAAAUGAAGAUGUAGAUAAGAAAAGUGCUAUUGGAAAGGAGAUUUUUUUUUCUUCUAAAAACAACUCGCCUACUUCGGACAGCAGGCCCUCACAAGUGGUGGUCAGUAAACGUACAACAAUAUCAAAAAAGAAUUCGAAAAAAAAAAAUAUAAUAUCUAUCAUCGCCCGGUAGCAGUGUGUUCAGUGAGAGGGUAUUUUCAGAAGCAGGUAUAGUUUAUGAGGAUAAGCGCAAUCGGUUGCUAUAUGAAUAAAUGCCUUCAUCACAAUUUACCUCUGAUAAAUUUUAAGUAUUCAUUGUAAUGUUUUGUUGGUAAAAUAAUUUGAUUUUUGAGUAAUAUUUGUUAAAAUAUUAAAUAAAUAUUUGUAAUAGUUUUUACUUUUCACGAUCCAGAAUAUUAAUCAAAGUGACCGAAUAGGCCGAAUACUGAAUAGAAACCGAAUAUUCGUGGCAUCAUUAUUUUAAAUCCAUACUUAAAAAUAAAAAGUAUAGCUUAUCAAUAUCGAUUACAUCGGUUAAUAAUAUACGUUCACACGGCGAAACACAAAAUCAUCUUGUUUUCUAGAAAAUUAAAUUUUUUAUUAUAUCAUAUUUCACAAUCAAAUCUAUUUUAUAUUAUUAUAUAUUUAUUCGAUUUUAAUAUUCGAAAUCAAUGUUGGGAGGAACUAUUACGUUAUUAUUAUAGUAAAUAAGUACACAACUGCUCAGUUAUUAUUUAAGAUAAUAAAUAUUUGAAAAUUUAAAAUGUUGAAUAUCUACUAUGUUGCCAUUAUAUAACAAAUAAAAUUAUUACAAUAUUG